AUGUCCGAUCCAGCUGAUGUCAUUGCUAAGGAAUCUGAUCCAGUCACUGAUACGUACGACGACGAAGAACAAGGGAAUAGAAAAGACCCCGGCAACAAAUGGCUGCGUACUCGUAAAGGAGACGAAAUUGGAGACACCGCUAAGAGACAACGAGUGCUCAAGAAAAGGCAGGACACGUGGGAUGGUACCCCCAAGUUUGAGGACGAGGAAAGGAAGCCAAAAAAGAAAGUUGCUUGUUUUUUGAGUUACUGUGGAACAGGCUAUCACGGAAUGCAACUGAAUCCGCCAGCAAAGACCAUUGAAGGCGACUUGUUUGAUGCUUUUGUGAAAGCAGGCGCAAUCUCGAAGAACAACUCCAAUGAUCUGAAAAAAUCCGGAUUUAUGAGAGCUGCACGUACUGAUAAGGGAGUUCACGCCGCAGGCAACGUCAUUUCCUUGAAGUUGAUCAUCGAGGACCCAGAUAUCGUGGAGAAGAUCAACAGCUACUUACCUGAACAGAUCAAGUUCUGGGGUUACGAGAGAGUCAACAAGUCGUUUGACUGCCGUAAAGUGUGCUCCUCCAGAAUUUAUGAGUAUCUGAUGCCUACCUAUUCGUUCCUGCCUCCAAAGCCAAACAGUCCAUUGGCAGGUCAGAUCGCCGAGGCUGAGAAGGAGUUCCCAGGAACCACCAGAAAAGAUCCAGAGGGAGAGAAAUUCUGGGAGGAGGUGAAUGAGGAGCUGGCUAAGGCUGGAAUCACCGAAGAUCAACUUGCCCAAAUUAGAGAGGCCAACAGGGAGGGAAUCCAGCUGACUGUUCCUUUGGAGCUUGCCGACAAGAAGUCUCGUGAGAUUUCUGCAGCUGCACGGAGACGCUUUAGAAUCACCAAAGAAAAAUUGGACCUAAUGAGGGAGGCCUUGAACAUAUAUCUUGGACCACACAAUUUCCACAACUUUACGAACGGUAAAGAUUACAAAGACCCAUCUGCUAUUCGGUUCAUGAAAUCACUCACGGUGAGUGACCCGAUUGUGGUGAACAACACCGAAUGGGUCUCGAUCAAGAUUCACGGACAGUCUUUCAUGUUGCACCAGAUUCGUAAGAUGAUUGGUAUGGCUACGCUUGUUGUUAGAACGGGAUGUCCUUUGAAGAGAAUUGAGGAGGCGUUUGGACCUGAGAAGGUCAACAUUCCAAAAGCCCCUGCAUUAGGGCUUUUGCUAGAACAACCGGUUUAUGAAAGCUACAAUGCGAAACUGGAGAAAUUCGGGUACAACCCGCUUUCUUUCGAGAACUUUGCUUCGGCGAUUGAGAAAUUCAAACGGGAGCAAAUCUACGAUAAGCUUUAUGCGGAAGAAGAGCGUGAAAAUGUGUUCUACGGUUUCUUUGGGUUUAUCGAUGGAUUCGCCGGAUAUGACGAGCAAAACGGAACUUCUAUUUUCAACUUUCUAACCGCCAGAGGAAUCCAAAAAGAAUCACCAAAAACCGACUAG